AUGAACCGGACAGACGAUGAUGCCAAACCAUCAUUUCGCUAUACCCCGAUUACUUUCAAAGGCCCUACUACACCAGUGCAAGUUCCUCCAGAAGCCGCAAGAGCGUACAUAGCAGCUUAUUUUAAACAUGUUCAUCCUAUCUAUCCUUUCCUUGACCGCGCAGAAUUCGAACAAAAAGCGUUCAGCUAUGACUUAAUCCACCAUCUAUCAUCGAACGCCUCUUUUUCUGCACUAUAUCAUACAGUGCUCGCCUUGGGAACUCAAUAUACAGAAGGUGGGUCUUUUGACGCCGGUCAAGGGAAGGCGUGGAAACUUUACCAAGUUGCAUUGGGGCUCUUUUCAGAUAUACUUCUCCCUAGAGAGUCGCUGGUUAAUUUACAGUCAAUCUUCGCUCAAAAUCUUUCCUGCAUACAGAUAGAGCAGACGCUGAUCUCAGAAGCUGCGAGAAUGGCCACGGCUCUAGGAUUUAACAGAUCCACUAUGAAUGAUUCAGCACACAGAAACUUUUGGGUUGUCUACAUUCUUGAAAAGACAUUUUCAUUUUUUGGCAGCUGUAGCUCGAGUAUCCGUGACAUGGAUAUCGGCUGCCCCAUCCCGGAGAUACCUGAAGCAGUAUAUGGAGGUGUUGACUGGUUUUACCUAUCCGCUCGCUUUGCUAGAUUAGUAUCACGGGCGUAUGAGAUGCUAUACACUGUGUCUGCUACGACAAAAACACCCGAAGAGUUCUAUGAGUCCAUUGAUAUCGUGUACCAAGAUCUGGAGAAUUGGCGACUCUCGAUACCAAAAGACUUAAGACCCGGGGACACGUUCCGGCCAGAAAACUGCAAGUCUCCUUGGACAAUCACAGUUUCUCUGAGGGUUCACUUCUUUUAUUCCUCCGUGGUCAUGUCUCUCUGUCGGCUUACCUUGCAUCUCGGCUCCGACACAGAAUCUCCGCGCACUGAAGAAGCCAAAAAGAGACUCAUGCAUACAGCAAGACACAUCAUUGAGCUUACACACUACAUUGACUUGCAACCGCAUACUCCGAUUUGGAUACUUGGCGUUAUGCCACUCUCAGCUCUAUUCGUUCUGUUCGACUUCGUGGUUCAUAAUCCAUAUCACCCAGAAAGCAGCACGAAUCUUAAAUUCUUGGACGUUGUCGGCGCGUAUUUCACUCGUCUCGAGUAUGCGAUGGGUGGUUCUCUCCCAAGUUCACUGUUAGCCGAGUUUGCUCUCAUUGCACGGCAAUUUAUCCGUGACAUACAGUUGGGCAAAAGUAUUCGAAACAGUAAUACAAAUCGUACCACUCCGUACCAACUACAUACAAGGGAAGGACAGAAUAUCGAACCUAGUAAACCUUACGAUCAGGUGCGAGAACCAAACCAGGGCCUAAUAUAUCCACCAUCUCAAAUACCUCAGGUAGAGCAGAUGGCAACUGCACCGCCUCAACUCGUAAAUGGAGGUUCUAUGUCCUAUGUUGAACAGCUAUUCUAUCCCACGGACGACCUACAACCAUUCGUGACCGGCGAUCUUGGCUCAGGGUUUGAUAUGACUGGUUUGUUCGACUCUGUUCUGCCCAAUUUCCAGUUCUAA